AUGGCUUAUCUCCUACUUUAUGUUGAUGACAUCAUCUUAAUUGCUUCCUCGUAUACAUUACGUGGUUUAUUUCUGUCACAACGUAAGUAUGCUCUUGAGAUUAUUGAUCGUGCUGGUAUGGCUUCGUGUAAACCUUCUCCUACUCCUGUGGAUACUAAGCCAAAGAUGAGUGCUCAUGCGAGAACUCCUUAUGAGGAUCUGUCCCAUUAUCGUAGCCUUGUAGGGGCUCUUCACUACCUCACAUUUACCAGGCCUGAUAUUGCUUAUGCGGUGCAGCAGGUUUGCUUGUUUAUGCAUGAUCCGUGUGAGGAGCACAUGCAUGCUCUUAAGCGCAUUGUGCGUUAUCUUCAGGGGACACUUGAUCAUGGCCUACACUUGUAUCCAUCCUCGACUACCACUCUUACCUCUUACACAGAUGCUGACUGGGGUGGUUGUCUUGAUACUCGUCGUUCUACUUUGGGUUAUUGUGUGUUUCUUGGGGAUAACUUGGUUUCUUGGUCCGCUAAACGACAACCUACAUUGUCCCGUUCCAGUGUUGAAGCCGAGUAUCGAGGUGUUGCCAAUGUGGUUUCUGAAUCAUGUUGGUUACACAAUUUUCUUCUUGAGCUACAUUGUCCAAUUCCGAAGGCCACUUUGGUUUACUGUGAUAAUGUAAGUGCCAUUUAUCUCUCCGGAAAUGCUGCCAACCAUCAGCGGACUAAACACAUUAAGUUAGAUAUCCAUUUUGUUUGGGAAAAAGUAGCUCGUGGUCAGGUCCGGGUUUUACAUGUGCCUUUCGGACAUCAGCUUGCUGAUAUUUUCACAAAGGGCCUUCCCUUGGUUCUUUUUAAAGAUUUUCUUGACAAUCUCAGCGUUCGACGAUCUCCUGAUUCAAUUGCGGGGGUGUGUUAG